GGAACCUGAGGAAACAAAUGAAGAUUCAAGCAACAUGGACAAGAAAUGGGAAGGUGAUAAUCAAACUAAACGGAACGCCUGAGGAAGCAAAGAUUAUCACGCAAGAACUCGAGAUGGCGAUUGAAGACUGCCCGAUCUGCUUCCGACCCUACCACCAGCUGAGCCAGCACCUGACCAACACCCACCUCGUGAAGAACAAGGAGGAGAGGAGACUGCUGCUGGCACUUUCUUCCGGGAGGGUGGACGUCCGGAAGGGCACUUGCCCGGUGCCCGCCUGCGGCAAGACCACCGCCUGGAUGGACCGCCACCUGAAGUGCCACAGCGAGCUGACGCCCUCGACUCGGAGGAAGACUUUGGCUUCCAUCAAGCGGAGGAAGAUCCUUGCUGACCUGGCCAACCUGAGGGCGAGUAACCCCGAAGUGCCGCUGGCCUCGACCCUGGACCAGGAGGACGUCUCGGGGCCUGUGGAGGAGGAGGAGGAUGAGGAGGAGGUGGCGGACGCCCCUGCUCCGUCCUGCGCCAACCCAGCCUGCCUGGACAUGCACCGCCAGGUGGAAACCCUGAGCAAGGCGCUACAGGAGGUCACCCGCCGCUACAAGCGACUGAGGAGGAGGUCGAGGUCAACCCCCUCUUCCCAGGUAGCGAGGGUGACGGGGAGGCUCCUGUCCGCUCUCAGGUCCCCCGGGAAGGGAGACGGCGGCGGGGAUGACGAGGAGGAGGAAGGAGAGGCCGGGCCUUCGGAGGAGCCGGACGACGGGGUCCCCCAGCCUCUCUCCCCUGCCCAGCCGUCUACGCAGCAGGAGAGGCAUCCCUUCCCCGACCACGUGCCAGCUCUGAACGUCCUGCUGCAGGAAUUCCGGGGGCAUCAACAGGGCGCCGACCCCACUCCCAGGCUGGUUAACAACGUGGGGUCGAAGAUCUUCCGCAUCAGGAACUUCAUUGGAUUCAUGGCGGCGGGGCACACCGACCUGGCCAGCUUUGGGUUCCUCAACCAGACGGCGAGGAUGCGGUCUUGGCACCAGUCCCUGAUCCAGGCCAAGAUCGCGGAGCCAACCAUCCAGAUGUACCUUAAGAACGUGUCGCAGUUCUUGCUGUACAUCUCUGAGACCCCGCCGCCCACCUGCCGCCUCUCCCGCACCGUCAUGGUCGGCCUCAACCGGGAGAUCAAAAGCCUGAUCCGCUCGGUUCGGCGGAGAGUGGUGGUCCACGAGGUGGGGGUCAAACAGGCCAAGGAGGGCCACUUGAUCCCCAAGGCCGCUCUCCGCCAGUGCGUUGCCUCCGCCAGGGCCGCCAUUCCUGAAAUCCUUGCCCGUCUGAAGGUGACCCUUGACAGGAAGGACCAGUGGUCAUUUUAUGGGCACCUCACUGCUUACCUGGCCUGCAUCUACGGGCAUCGCGGUGGGUUGUUCCAGAACAUGACCAUUGCGGAGGUGGAGGCAGCGCAACAGGCCACCAUGGACGGGUGCUAUGUGAUUAAUAUCUCAACCCACAAGACGAACCAGGCCUUCAGGGCCGCUCAGCUGGCAGUGACGGAGAACGAAUAUCAGUGGAUGGCGGAGUUCCUGGCCAUGAGGAAGGAGCUAGUGGGCGGUGCCGACGCCCAUUUCUUCUUUUUCACCUCCAAGCCCAGCCCGUGCAAGAACCUGAACCAGUAUUUUCAGGAGGCAUGGGCUGGGCUUGAACUGCCGGGAACUCCGACAUUCACGGAUGUCAGGACCUCCAUCGCAACCCACGCCAAGAACACCAUCAGCCCCGGGGACCGGCACAAAGUGGCACGGUUCAUGUGCCACGACACCUCCACGGCUGACAAGUUUUAUGCGUUGAACCUGGAUGCCAAGCAGGCCCUGGAACAGCGGGCGUUGUUCCAGGCAGCCGUGGAGGGUGAGGAUGCCCCCCCGGGGACCCCAGAGAGCCCCACCACCACCACCACCACCACCUCCUCCUCCUCCCGUCGCAAGGCGUCUGGGAAGCAGCGGAAGAGACCGGCCCCCUCCGCCAGCCCCCCGGACCAGGACACGGACCAGGAGCAGGAGAAAGAUGAGGAGCAGGAGCAGGACCAGGACCAGGAGCAGGACAAGGAGAAACCGUCCACUUCGGGCCAGUCCAGCCCGCCGAAAAGAAGACGGCGUCCUGUGGUCCGCCUGUCUCCUAUGAAGUCUCCACACAAAGUGGCCCAGAAGCUGAUUAGGACGGCGAUCCUAAGGACCAAAAAGAGGACAAGGAAGCCGACCAAAUUUACUUUUUAAAUAAAAAAUGUUGUUAAAUUUUAAUCUGUUUUUUUGUUUAAAUCAGUUUUUAAUCAGUUU